AUGACUGCACCAAUUCACAGAGCGGUCCAUUAUCCAGAUGAGUUGACUCACCUAGCCAGUCUCGAGAGCUCAUGCGUGGCACGUGCACGGCGCGUGGCCGCUCAUCUUAAAGAGGGUUUGUUACGUGGGAAGUCCGAGGAAAACAGUCUGGUGACUGUGUUUGAGCAGGAGCACUUCCAGGGCAAGUGUCUGGAGUUCAUGACUGCGGCGUGGACAACAUCCGCUCCAUCCGAGUGGAGAGUGGCGCUUGAGUCACACAGCCAGUGCACCUGCAGGUCUCAGUAUCCUAAAUUUAAAGGCCAGCUGUUCGUCGUAGAGAGGGGUGAGUACCCCAACCGGGUGGCCAAUGCUGGUUCUUUAUCCUACCACACCGAGCGCUUCAUGUCGAUUCGCCCCAUUUAUUGUGCUAUAAUUUCCUCAAAGCAACCGCAUGAUGAUUUUCGAGAGAGAGAACUUCAUCCGUCCCUGCAGGCCGUGGGCUGGUUCAUGCCCGAGGUCGGCUCCAUGCAUGUGCAGAGCGGAGCCUUUGUGUGCUAUGAGUACCCAGGCUACAGAGGUCAGCAGUACAUCAUGGAGUGUGAGAGGCAUGGGGGAGACUACUAGCACUGGAGGAACUGGGGCUCCCACUGCCAGACACCAAAGAUCCAGUCCAUCAGACGCACCAGGCACUGAGGAGCCUCGUAUCGAGACCGGCAGCAGGUUGAACUUGAGCAAAAGAACCCCUGAGCUCCACCUCAGUUUGGUUCAGAGGGGCUUUGGACCAUAACUACAACACAAACCAUGUGGGAUCUAGCAGCUACGUCCCAAGCCCACCCAUCGUUUCUUUGGAUUAAUAUGGAAACAAAGAAACAAGUUCAACUUUAUUUAACUUGUUUUUUUAUAAGUUAAGCCUUGAAAUAUGAGGAGCCAUCUGAAGAAAAUGGAAGAACAUGUUACCCAGCAUGUACAAGUUUAGGGGCCACUAUGGAUGAAUUCAGCAAGUCUUAUUCUGUUACACAUAAAGACACUUUUGAGAAAACAUCUGAUCAUUCAAAAAGAUAAUAAACACCUGAUGCAUGUAGAAGAAAAAGAAAACAUAUAAAUAAAUAAGCUUCUUUCUCAA